AUUUUUCUGGCAUCUGUUAUCCUUAAACCUUGUACCCAGGGUUGGUCAUCACCGGGCACCAUGACGGCUGCCGAGAAUGUGUGCUAUACGUUAAUUAACGUGCCAAUGGACUCGGAACCUCCAUCGGAAAUGAGCUUAAAAAAUGAUCUAGAAAAAGGAGAUGUGAAGUCAAAGACUGAAGCUUUGAAGAAAGUCAUCAUCAUGAUUCUGAAUGGUGAAAAGCUUCCUGGACUUCUGAUGACCAUCAUUCGUUUUGUGCUACCUCUUCAGGAUCACACCAUCAAAAAAUUACUUCUGGUAUUUUGGGAAAUUGUUCCUAAAACCACUCCAGAUGGGAGACUUUUACAUGAAAUGAUCCUUGUAUGUGAUGCAUAUAGAAAGGAUCUUCAGCAUCCUAAUGAAUUUAUUCGAGGAUCCACUCUUCGUUUUCUUUGCAAAUUGAAAGAAGCAGAAUUGUUAGAACCUUUAAUGCCAGCUAUUCGUGCUUGUUUGGAGCAUCGUCACAGCUAUGUUAGAAGAAAUGCUGUUUUGGCCAUCUAUACUAUCUAUAGAAAUUUUGAACAUCUUAUACCUGAUGCUCCUGAACUGAUACAUGAUUUUCUGGUGAAUGAGAAGGAUGCAAGUUGCAAAAGGAAUGCAUUUAUGAUGCUAAUUCAUGCAGAUCAGGAUCGAGCUUUGGAUUACCUAAGUACUUGUAUUGAUCAGGUUCAGACAUUUGGAGACAUUCUUCAGUUGGUUAUUGUUGAGCUAAUUUAUAAGGUCUGUCAUGCUAAUCCAUCAGAAAGGGCUCGUUUUAUUCGUUGCAUCUAUAACUUAUUACAGUCAUCUAGUCCUGCUGUAAAAUAUGAAGCCGCUGGAACCUUAGUGACUCUCUCCAGUGCACCUACUGCAAUCAAGGCUGCUGCUCAGUGUUACAUUGAUUUAAUUAUUAAGGAGAGUGACAACAAUGUAAAGCUCAUAGUUCUGGAUCGAUUGGUCGAAUUAAAAGAGCAUCCUGCUCAUGAACGAGUACUACAGGAUCUGGUUAUGGACAUCCUAAGAGUAUUGAGCACACCAGACUUAGAAGUACGCAAGAAAACUCUGCAGUUAGCACUAGAUCUUGUCUCUUCUAGAAAUGUUGAAGAGCUGGUUAUUGUCCUGAAGAAGGAAGUGAUUAAAACAAAUAACGUGUCUGAGCAUGAAGAUACUGACAAAUACAGACAACUCCUUGUGCGAACAUUGCAUUCCUGUUCUGUCCGAUUUCCAGAUAUGGCUGCAAAUGUUAUUCCUGUGUUAAUGGAAUUUCUUAGUGACAGUAAUGAAGCGGCAGCUGCUGAUGUCUUGGAGUUUGUUCGUGAAGCCAUUCAGCGCUUUGAUAACCUGAGAAUGCUUAUUGUUGAGAAGAUGCUUGAAGUCUUUCAUGCUAUUAAAUCCGUCAAGAUUUACCGAGGAGCAUUGUGGAUCCUGGGAGAAUACUGUAGUACCAAGGAAGACAUUCAGAGUGUGAUGACUGAGGUCCGAAGAUCCCUGGGGGAGUGCAGACCUCCCCUGAGAGGAUUCCUGCUGGAUGGAGAUUUCUUUGUCGCCGCCUCCCUUGCCACAACUCUGACCAAGAUUGCUUUGCGCUAUGUAGCUUUGGUUCAGGAGAAGAAAAAGCAAAAUUCUUUUGUCGCUGAGGCUAUGUUGCUCAUGGCCACUAUCCUUCAUUUGGGAAAAUCCUCUCUUCCUAAGAAGCCAAUUACAGAUGAUGAUGUAGAUCGAAUUUCCCUGUGCCUCAAGGUCUUGUCUGAAUGUUCGCCUUUAAUGAAUGACAUUUUCAAUAAGGAAUGCAGACAAUCCCUUUCACACAUGUUAUCUGCUAAACUCGAAGAAGAGAAAUUAUCCCAAAAGAAAGAAUCUGAAAAGAGGAAUGUGACAGUACAGCCUGAUGACCCCAUUUCCUUCAUGCAACUAACUGCUAAGAAUGAAAUGAACUGCAAGGAAGAUCAGUUUCAGCUGAGUUUGCUGGCUGCAAUGGGUAACACACAGAGGAAAGAGGCAGCAGAUCCCCUGGCAUCUAAACUUAACAAGGUCACCCAAUUGACAGGUUUCUCAGAUCCUGUAUAUGCAGAAGCUUAUGUGCAUGUCAACCAGUAUGAUAUCGUCCUAGAUGUGCUUGUCGUGAACCAAACCAGUGAUACUUUACAGAACUGCACGUUAGAGUUAGCUACUCUAGGGGAUCUAAAACUUGUGGAAAAGCCAUCUCCUUUGACUCUUGCUCCUCAUGAUUUUGCAAAUAUUAAAGCUAAUGUUAAAGUAGCAUCAACAGAAAAUGGAAUAAUAUUUGGUAACAUAGUUUAUGAUGUCUCUGGAGCAGCAAGUGACAGAAAUUGUGUGGUCCUCAGUGAUAUUCACAUUGACAUCAUGGACUACAUCCAGCCUGCAACUUGCACUGAUGCUGAAUUCCGUCAGAUGUGGGCCGAAUUUGAAUGGGAAAACAAAGUGACAGUUAACACAAAUAUAAUUGAUUUAAAUGACUAUUUACAACACAUAUUAAAGUCAACCAACAUGAAAUGCCUCACUCCAGAGAAGGCACUUUCUGGUUACUGUGGCUUUAUGGCAGCCAACCUCUAUGCUCGUUCCAUAUUUGGAGAAGAUGCACUUGCAAAUGUCAGCAUUGAGAAGCCUAUUCAACAGGGACCAGAGGCCCCUGUUACUGGCCAUAUAAGAAUUCGUGCAAAAAGUCAGGGAAUGGCCUUAAGUCUUGGAGAUAAAAUCAACUUGUCUCAGAAGAAAAAUAGUAUAUAAGAAUAAACAAAAAGUCCUUGCAGCUUUAUAGUUAAAAUUUAGGUAUGGGCUUACUGGACUCCAGCGUCUUUUGUACUUUCAUGCUUUAUGUUAUAUAGAAUCUGAGUUCAUGCUGAAUGCAUUCCAGCCAAUAAUUUAUAGCCUUUCCCUUAAAUCAAGACUGAGUUUAAAAUUAUAGUUUGUCUUUUGUCUUAACAGUUAUAAAUGCUGUCUUCAAAGUAUAUAAUGUUCUCACAUAUACCAAGACCAUUUUCACAAUAAACAGAUCUAUUUCUAAAUCUUUUGUUAUUUUAUAAAUAAAUAUACAAUUACAUAAUUUUA